AAGACAUCCAUAGCUAUUCUUUUCCUCCAAACUUGAAACUUUCUAUCAUGGCCAACAACACUCUUUCAAGCCUCCUCCCAAUCUUGUUAGCCUCAUCAACUCUUUUCUUCUUCACAACCCUAUCCACUGCAAAAACUCAUGACAGGUUCUCAAAAACCUUAUCCCCACAAAAACUUGGGCUCAACAAACAGAAGCUGACCCACCUUCAUUUCUACUUACAUGACACCCUUAGCGGCAAAAAUCCCACAGCCAUCAAAGUGGCCGAGGCAAAGACAACAAACACUUCGUCAACGGGUUUUCGUACGGUGGUGGUGAUGGACGACCCAUUGACGGAAGGUCCAGAGCCGAGCUCCAAACUGGUAGGAAGAGCUCAAGGACUAUACGCCUUAGCAUCACAGAAUGAGAUUGGGUUGUUGUUGGUUUUCAACUACGUUUUCAUUAAAGGAGAAUAUAAUGGAAGCACGCUUGGCAUCUUGGGUCGGAAUGCUGUUUUUUCAACGGUUUCGAAGGUGAGGGAGUUUCCGAUUGUCGGAGGUACCGGGAUUUUUAGGUUUGCUAGGGGAUAUGCUCAGGCUCGGAUUCAUAAAGUUGACCCCAAAACUGGAGAUGCUGUUUUGGAGCAUAGUGUCUAUGCCUUCCAUUAUUGAUUUAUGAAUUAUUUGCUCUCUGUUUCUGUAUUAUAUAUAAACCGAUUUGCUUUUUUCACUAUUUCUUUUAUGAAAAUUUUCUCUAAUUCAUUACGGGAUUAAUCACAAACA